AUUAAAACUUCAAUAAACAUCCAGCCCCAUGAUUUAUUUCCCUGCUACUCGUGUGAAACGAAACUAGUUUUAGAAAAUACAAAAAAAUUAUCCGUACAAACAAAAUUUCAAGUGAAAGAAAACCAAGCUGUCUAAGGAGCUAUAGCACUGAAAGAUGAGCAGCAAGAAGUCUAAGGAUCUGAGUCCUGCGUCCUUGGAAGAUUUGGUCAGUCAGGUGUUCGAGAAGUCGAAGCAGCUGAGAAUGUCGAUGAAGGAGCAGCGCAAAUUAGUGCAGGAGUAUCUGAAUGCCAAAAUCGAGGGCAGCGAGGAAAGCGAUGGAGAAUGUGAAAGUGAUUCCAACACAGAUUCAGAUACUUAUUCCGAUUCUGAUUCUGAUUCCGACUCGGAUUCAGAUUCUGUUUCGGAUUCCGAUUCCGAUUCCGAGGAGGAUUCCUUUACGGAUUCCGGCGAGCAAACAGAGGAGAGCGGUGACGAGUCGGAAUCGGAGCUCAGUGAAGGCGAGGGGGAUUCCCCUCCAGGAGAUGCCCAAAGGAGUGCCACCAAGAAUUGGAAGGAACCCAUCUCCAAAGACGAGCCUGCACUAUCGCGGCUCGUGGCUUUCGUGCCGCCUCCCAAAUCCCCGGGGCAACCUGCUUCCCGCAUCCAGCGGCGACUGACCAUGGCUGGUGGCAUGGUGGCUGCUCCAGUGCCUCCAAGAUCGGGAAAAGCCAAGUAGAUGAGGCAACUCAGUGUGAAGUUCUUCGUAUUUGUAUUUUAAACUUUUUGUAGAACUUUGUAACUAAAAAUCCAUUUAAUCAUUUUAAGCAA